AUGCAUAUUGUUGUUGUUGUUUUCUAUGCUCUCUUACUCACCACAUACUCUUGCCCUCGGCUCCAUCUACUUACAGAGUCGCAGUGUCCGCAGUACGGCGAAGUGAAUCAGCUGGGCGGCGUCUUUGUGAACGGUCGUCCACUGCCGAAUGCGACGCGAAUGCGGAUUGUGGAGUUGGCCCGGCUGGGCAUCCGACCAUGCGACAUAUCGCGGCAGUUGCGGGUGAGUCAUGGCUGUGUGUCGAAGAUAUUGGCGCGCUACCAUGAGACGGGCUCCAUACUGCCGGGCGCCAUUGGUGGCUCCAAGCCACGUGUCACCACACCGAAGGUGGUCAACUAUAUACGUGAGCUGAAGCAACGGGAUCCGGGCAUCUUUGCCUGGGAGAUACGGGAUCGUCUGCUCAGCGAGGGCAUCUGUGACAAGACGAAUGUGCCCAGCGUGAGUUCCAUUUCACGGAUACUGCGGAAUAAGCUGGGCAGCAUUGGACAUCAUCACAGUGGCGGAAGCGGAGCAUCUGCAACGCUGGGCAUGAACAGCAAUGGCACCAGCGGUGGCACUGGUGGCAACAACAAUGCCAACAACGGUGGCAAUGCACCACAGCAUUCACACUCCGCCCAUCAGCAUCACUAUCAUCACCAGCAUACGGCAGCCGCUGUGGCGGCCAGUGCCCAUCAUGCACAUGCCCACGCCCAUCUCUACAAUUCCAUCUAUCAGCCGUAUACGGCGGCUGCCGCGUACAGCAUGAAGGCCGUCUCCUGUGGCAGCCCCUCUCCCCCCCAGGCGGGGCAGACACAUCAGCUGCGAGGCGUGGCAGCCGGCCACUGGCCAUCAUCGCACUCCGUGACCGACAUUCUGGCCCAUCACCAGGCCGUUGCCCUGCGCGCCAGCUGCCAAGGCAACACAGUGUCCCCAUUGCCCAUGACUCCGUCUCCCGUGACAGCCGCGACCGGCGGACAACCGCUGCUCGAUUGUGAGGGGGGUGCGGCACAGCAGCCACCCUACAACUACUACAUGUACUUUCAAAAUGGUGGCAUGCAUCAUCAUCAUCAUCACGGAGGCAUGAUGACGGCCGGAGCAACUGGCUUAUGAGCUAACCAAGCAUCCACCUCGUCCAGUUAGUCAUUGGUGUAAGCUGAUCUGGUUGCGAACCAGUUCGAAUUGUGAAGGGUUUAACUACGAUAACUAUACAUAUAAAUAUACGAGUACAGUUUAAGAGAUACUCUAAGGCCCGUGUCCAUAAAAGAACCGACAGUUUCCCAAUUUUACUGAAAGAUUCUCUUGGAUCUCUAACAAAAUUUUCAAAUGAAUAUAUUAUUAUCUGAUAUCGAAUUAAUGCUAAGAAAUAGUGACAACGGGCCUUAAAUGUUAGUUAAGUGUAGAACUGCCAGGUCAUGAGGAACUCCAUGUCCUGUGGCACGAGCAACGAGCUCUGUUUUAACGAAUUUUAUUUAUGUAAUUUUGGAGAUUUUCUUUUGUUUCUAACGUUUAUUGACAACACAAGAUUGUAUAAAACUAUAAAAUAAAACGAAUAUAAAGUUUAGUAUUGAGUUUUGUUAUAAAAUGUAUAAUCUACAAUACAAAAGUAAAUACGUGUAUGCUUAACUAGGUUCUUGUUCUCAUAAUUAUUUGUACAUUAUGCUCAUUAAGUAAAUGCUAGUUGACUAAUUUAUGCCAUAAAUCUAAAUUUUAAA